GUGGUGCCUGGCUGGGCCCGACUCCGCCCGCCUCCCCACUCACUGGGAACUAACACCCGGCGCCUCUCAGACAUCUCUAUUCCCGCCUCUCCGACCAGGUCUCACCUCGCUCCUGGGUAGCUGCGCGGAGAACUGGGACUCACCGUCAUGGAUGCUCUAUCAGAAGCAAAUGGCACAUUUGCAUUAAACCUUUUGAAAAAGCUAGGGGAAAACAACUCAAACAACUUAUUUUUUUCCCCCGUGAGCAUAUCAUCAGCCUUGGCCAUGGUUUUCAUGGGGGCAAAGGGAAACACCGCAGCUCAGAUGUCUCAGGCACUUUGUUUUAGUAAAAUCGGAGGUGAAGAUGGAGAUAUUCACCGAGGUUUUCAGUCACUUCUUGUUGCAAUUAACAGAACUGACACUGAAUAUGUGCUUAGAACUGCCAAUGGGCUCUUUGGAGAAAAGUCUUAUGAUUUCCUCACAGGUUUUACAGAUUCCUGUGGCGAAUUCUACCAAGCAACAAUAAAACAGCUAGACUUUGUGAAUGAUACAGAGAAGUCCACAACACGUGUAAACUCCUGGGUUGCUGAUAAGACUAAAGCCUGGAAAAUUAUUCAAACAAGCCUGUCACAUCUGGAGGAGCCAGGAAUCGCCUCUUCCUCUUGUUACUGCAAAGCCUGCCUUCCACAGCCCCUACUGGUUCACUCUAUUCCCAAAUGCAACUCUCCUGUGACCCCGCAUGGCAUGUGUCCACAAGGGAACGAAGAAACACCACCAACAGCGUCCACAUGGCCUUCACGACAUGGCCCUGUGGACACAUCAGACGUUGUCUUGCAGUGCCUCAUCCACACUAUCUGUACCACUGCAGGCCUGGAUACGUCACGGUUUUCAUGGUGCUAUCUUGUGCCUCUUUGCGCCUGCACGCACUGUGUUUCCUAUAUGGGAUAUCUGUGUUUACAACCAAACUCCCAGGGGCCAAAUUAUAUCCUUUGUAAAGGACUUCAAACCACCAGGCAUUUGCUGGAAGUUUCACGGAGGAAAACAAGCAUUUUUCAUCUUUUAAUCUGUUUUGCUGGUCAAAGAGGAAAAGGAGUGGAUGGACAAAGUGGGGCCCAAAGUCUGGAUCUAGUUCUGACCAACAAGGAGAAAUUGAUGCACAAUGGGGAAGUGACCUUGGCAUUUUCAACUGGCAGAGCCGGAAUCAAUGGUGAAAAAAGGACAACAGCCAAUGUGUACACUUUUUAUAAAAACCACCCUCCAAGGACCAGGCACUGGCCCUCUCUCCGGUGCCCGCAGACAUCCACACAGGCCCAAAGAAUCAGGGAUUGCACAAGCCAGACCAAUCGAACUGUUCUGAGUCAUCUGCCGGAAGCCUUGCCCUCAAUCAAGGCGGACGUGAAGCAUCUACAAAGGAGGAAUAGUCGAAGCGGCGGCGGCGGCAGCGGCAGCGGCAGCAGCAGCAGCAGGAGACCUUCUCUGAUGGAUGACCUCUGUGAAGCAAAUGGCACUUUUGCCAUCAGCUUAUUUAAAAUAUUGGGGGAAGAGGACAACUCAAGAAACAUAUUCUUCUCUCCCAUGAGCAUCUCCUCUGCCCUGGCCAUGGUCUUCAUGGGGGCAAAGGGAAGCACUGCAGCCCAGAUGUCCCAGGCCCUUUGUUUAUACAAAGACGGAGAUAUUCACCAAGGUUUCCAGUCGCUUCUCAGUGAAGUUAACAGAACUGGCACUCAGUACUUGCUUAGAACUGCCAACAGACUCUUUGGAGAAAAGACGUGUGAUUUCCUUCCAGACUUCAAAGAAUCCUGUCAGAAGUUCUAUCAGGCAGAGCUGGAGGAGUUGUCCUUUGCUGAAGACACUGAAGAGUGCAGGAAGCAUAUAAAUGACUGGGUGGCAGAGAAGACUGAAGGUAAGAUUUCAGAGGUACUGGAUGCUGGGACAGUCGAUCCCCUGACAAAGCUGGUCCUUGUGAAUGCCAUUUAUUUCAAGGGAAAGUGGAAUGAGCAAUUUGACAGAAAGUACACAAGGGAAAUGAUCUUUAAAACCAACGAGGAAAAAAAGACAGUGCAGAUGAUGUUUAAGGAAGCUAAAUUUAAAAUGGGGUAUGCGGAUGAGGUGCACACCCAGGUCCUGGAGCUGCCCUAUGUGGAAGAGGAGCUGAGCAUGGUCAUUCUGCUUCCCGAUGACAACACGGACCUCGCCGUGGUGGAAAAAGCACUUACAUAUGAGAAAUUCAAAGCCUGGACAAAUUCAGAAAAGUUGACAAAAAGUAAGGUUCAAGUUUUCCUUCCCAGAUUAAAGCUGGAGGAGAGUUAUGACUUGGAGCCUUUCCUUCGAAGAUUAGGAAUGAUCGAUGCUUUUGACGAAGCCAAGGCAGACUUUUCUGGAAUGUCAACUAAGAAGAAUGUGCCUCUGUCCAAGGUCGCCCACAAGUGCUUCGUGGAGGUCAAUGAGGAAGGCACAGAGGCUGCCGCAGCCACUGCUGUGGUCAGGAAUUCCCGGUGCAGCAGAAUGGAGCCAAGAUUCUGUGCAGACCACCCUUUUCUUUUCUUCAUCAGGCACCACAAAACCAACUGCAUCUUGUUCUGUGGCAGGUUCUCUUCUCCGUAAAGAGGAGCAAUUGCUGUACAUACCCUCCUUUCCUUCUACCUACCUUGCCUUAAUUAACAUUCCAUGUGACCUAGUUGGUGCAGGGGCUUGAAUGCCGAAAUAAAGCGUGUGCACUGGAUAGUGUGUGAAAGUCUUUGCUGAAAGUUCCAGAGCCAUUGAGAAUAACUGAGGCCACAGAUGCAUGAAAUUUGGGCCUGGGAAGGCUAUGCUGGUUUUGGAGUGUUUGGGGUGCCUGCCAUUGCCUCUGCCUUCACCUAAGUCUGUGCCCAUUGUUUCAGGGGAUCUUAAGGAGCAUCUCAAGGCUUCAGGAGCCAGCCCUCUAUGUGCUCUUCCAUCCGCCCGGCUCUGCCCACCACCACUGCCAGGCUGAACAGGGAACUAGUGCCCAGGCGACACUGCACAUAAAGCCAAGGGCAAACCCUACAGAGUAAAGCUGCAGCCACCCUGUGUCUCAUGUGCAGCUGAAAUAGUGAUCUGCUUCUGUCACUGUCACAUAGACAGCCCUGCAUGCCCCCUGUCUCACACAGUUUGUAAUGAAGACAGCUCCUUCUCAUCUUUCCAUAAGCCUGAGAUACAAGUUCAGGGACUCAGCAAUGCACUUCAAGACUGAGCUAGGAGGCAAAUAUCUGAAGCUUGCUAUGCCAUUCUUUCCAUUCCUUUUCCCUCUGAAACACACAAAAUACCAAAGGAACUUACACAACACACCACUGAGUCCUCUAACUAAUCAUAUGUGCUCAGACACAGCUCAAGCACACCCCUUAGUUAAGAAAGAACCUCCAUACAUUAAUUUUUUUCUGCCUAAAAAUAAAAUUGCAUUGUGGCAGCAAUUUGGAAACUACAGCAAAGUCUCCAAAAAAAUUGAAGUCACCCACAAUUCCAACACACAGCAAUCACUGCUGUUAAUAGUGAUAUACAUCCUUCCCUAUUUGUGUAUGCAAAUAGAAAUUUAUAAGCAUUUUACUACAAGUUAAUCAUAUCCUUCAGUAGCUUAUUUCUUCCCUUAUGAAAAACCUCCCUUAAGAUCUUCCAGGUCAUCAGUUUGAUGUGCAUAGUAUUCCACUGUGUGGCUGGAUUUCUAUAAUUGAAUCUAAUUUUAGACAGUUUGAGUAAUUAAAAUUAUUUCUAUUAACAAAUAAUAGAUUGCUAAUAAUAAAUAUAUAUUAUGCUGUUUCGGAUAUACUAAAUAUUUGCUCACAACCUUAAUAGAUUUUUUAAAAUUCCUAACAAUAGUACUGUUGAGAUAAAAGUUGAGCACAUUUUGAGACUUCUUCCAAAUUGGUCCCUAGAAAGUUACACUGGUUUGUACUCUCACUUAUGUCACCAUUUAUACCACCACUGACUGCUGCCUGCUUUAUUAUUUCUUUAAUGAGUUGGACUGAACAGUGGUUAAUCCUGACUCUGUUUUUGACUGACAGUUAACAGUUACAUGAACCCUUCAUAUUACAGCUCUUACUUAAAUUUGACCAAGCCAGGAUAUAUCUGUUAGGCCACAUUCAUUUAGGGAUCAUGUUUUCCAAAGCAGGUUUGGGCAAAAUUAAUCCACAGGACUGAAAGGUAUACAUCUGUGAGUUUUGUUCUCACUUCCACCUCUAAUUUGAAGAAUACUUUAUACAUUAAUUGACACAGAAUACAUUUCACAUAUUUAACCUGUACAAUAAGUUCUGACACGUUUUCCAUGAAACAAACCAUCGCUAUAUUCAAGAUAAUGAACCUAUCUAUCAUACUCCCAAAUUCCUUCUUGCAUCUUUGUAAUUUCUCACUCUUCCUUCUCCCUCUCCCCAUCCCAUCCCAACCACUGAUCUGCUCAGGCAACUACCAAUCUUCUUUCUGUCACUAUAGAUUAAUUUGCAUUUUUAAAGAAAUUUACAUACAUGGAACCAUACAUCAUCUAUGCUUUGUAGUAUGACUCCUGUCACUCAGUACAAUUAUUUUGAGAUUCAUUUAUGUUAUUGUAUAUAUCAAUAGUUCAUCCCUUUUAUUGGUAAGUAACAUUUUUUUGUAUAGAUAUACCAUGAUUUGUUGAUGAACAAAUUUACCUGUUGAUAAACAUUUAGGUUGUUACCAAGAUUUUUGCUAUUGAAAAUAAAGUUUUUAUGAAUAUUUAUGUAUAUA